AUUCCGCACAGAAGAGUUACGCCACAGUAUCGUGAAGAAAAAUCCCCCCUCCCCGUAUUGAGAAGGCAUCCGUUCCGAAAUUUGUGAUGCAGAUUUGUGAUCACAAAUCAUUUUUGUCUUGCAAAAAGGCAAGCGGUGAGGGAUGCGCCGCAUUAUGGAUGCGGUUUGUCAUGCUGCUUGGCCUACGGGGCAGGCGUUUCCCAUGCUAAACAGCUAGACCCUUGCGCACCUAAACAGCCUAAGAAUCUGCCCAGAAUUCUUUACCGCAAGACAGACCUCAUUUGUGUACGCAAAUCCAGCAUCAGAAAUUUUCUCUGAUUUUCUUUUGAUAUGGGGAGGGGGGAUUUUUCAUUUUGAUACACAGGAACAAGCGCUUUCCUCCCCACCUUGGCGAAGGAGCAGGCGGCGCAACAGAAAGAGAAGCAGAAGGAGCUUGCUUCGAACAUCAAGCCGCCAGGGAUGAUGUUACACAACGGGACAACGACCAGCGGGGGUAGUAGCUCCAGUGCCUUGAAGCCGAACCUUUCCGACGGCGGAAAUAUGUUAAACCAGCCCUCCACAGGACAGCCGGUGAAGAAAUCGGUCCAAUUCGGGGCCAUCACGACCCACGAGUAUAACAGCCGGAAUUCUGGGAUGGGUCUUGUAUCCUGUGCAAAAGUAUCGCACUCGUACUAAUUGUAAUUACGCAUGACAAAUCUUGUGCUUAAGGUAAAAAAGCAUGACAAAUUCCAGUUCUCACGCUGAGCAAAUUUGUAAUGCAAUCUAUACGUAGUGCGAUGCUUUUGCAAUGCAUACCUCGCCCACGGCGGCAACACGUCGCAGCUGUUCAAUGUGGCGGGCAGCUACAUCACUUCGAAUUACGCAAGCCCAGCGUUUAAUAGCUCCAUCGGAGGGAUCUUCAAUGCGGGCGGCGGAGUACCUCCAAAUGCUGGCGGUGGAAAGAAAUCCGCGGCGAAUAUCAUUCAACAACAGAUCCUAUGAAAUGCAAAAAUGUCUGGGUCUGGAAACUUGUGAUGCUGGGCGGCGUCUCAUGAUGAGGCCACAAGUGCUGGCUCAGCAUGACAAGUUUCUGAGCUUCUAGGUGUUGCCUUUUCUGCAUGACAAUCUGCGUUUCUGCAUCACAGAAAAGUGGACCUUUUGGGUAACGUGCGUGACAGAUUUAAGAGUCAUGCCAGACAAGCAUGACAAACAUGCAUUCUUCCAGACCCAGACAUUUUUACAUUUGAUAAAUCCGCCAGCAGGUCAUUCGGGUGCAGCAAGAAUCUUUAACGAAUUUUAACAAGCCGGGGGCGUUCGGCACGGCGAGUUCGGUCAACCCAGGCGGGUUUGCAAAUUUCUCCUCCACCAGUUUAGCCGCGUCUGCGUCAGCACCGAAUUGUUCUGGCAAUCAGAAUAUGGAUUGCAAAAGUGUCUGGGUCUGGGAGGAUGGAAUUUGUGAUGCGUCCUGUGGAUCACAGAAAAAUCUGUGUUGCGUGAUCACCAAAAAUUGUCCUUUUUUGUUGACCAACAUGAGCGGGAGUCUCUCAUGCAGGAUAGGCAUGAUAGAGACGCCGCAGAAUCUGUCAUGCUAGAUCCUGCAUUCCUGACCUCUUGGGGCAUGGAAAAUAUGCAUGACAAGUCUGCACUCUUCCAGACCCAGACACUUUUGCAUUUGAUACAGAACCCACGGGAGCGAAACAGCUUUUAUGAAAACUUACACCAGAACCUAUCAAAUGCAAAUAUGUCUGGGUCUGGAUGAUUGCAACUUGUCAUGCUAAAUCUGAAUCAGGCAAAAAACUGUGUUGCAUGAUUGCCAAAACUUCUGCACUUUUGACCUAAUCGAGAGGCAGUUUCUUAUGCAGGAUAGGGAUUAGAAAGGUCUCGCAGAAUCUGUCAUGCUAUGUCCUACAUACCAGACCUCAUGGGUCAUGAAAAACCUGCAAGACAAAUCUGGCAAUCAUCCAGACCCAGACAUUUUCGCAAUUCAUACAACUUGGUGUAUCACUACGACGGCCCGGGGAGCUUGUCUUCCCAACAUGAGGACUUCCAAGUGCAGAUCGGGAAAUGCUUACUUGCCGUGCACGAAAAGAAAUUUGAUCGGUUUUACGAUUUGCUGGACACCUGCAAGGUCGCUCUGCUGAAAACGGUGUCGAUCACCUCUGGUGAGCUGUCCUACGAACGGGUUUACCCGACGUUGAUCAAACUGCACGCUUUGGCGGACCUCGAUUUCGUGGUAUCAAAAUAUCAAACAGCGGCUUUGUACGCGAAGUCGAAAACUGGAGGCAUGAACAGCCACGAAUCCCCCACCGUUCUCGCGAAUACGAUCGGGCACGUGAAGAAACAGCUGUCAAAGGCGGGCAGGAUCUCCGCGCUGUUGAACAACAAAUCUUUUCAAGGAAACGGCUUACGCGGUGUUUCUGACGUUUUGAUAUCCAAGAAAAACACUGUGUAAGUGUAACUUUGUGUUGCAGGCCCAGACGAUGCAAGACACUUAGACCUGUCAUGCUGGACAUGCGUCAGAGGCUGGCUUCAUACGUGUUUUCACGUACUAGCUACGCAUGACAGGUUUUCUGUGUCAUGCAAGGCAAACUUGUCAUGCUAUUCCUUCAUUAGAAAGUACACGCUUACGCAGUUUCUUUUCUGCAUAUCUUAUCCGACGCUUACAGUCCUGCGCCAAGAGCUACGACGCGCAGGAGCUUUCCC